CUUGGAAUAUCCAGCUUUAUUCUCCCUAAUGAAAUGAAGAUGCUUGGUGUUGGGGUUUCCUGCCCCUCAGUCUCCUGUGGAACCUAGCAGUUCUGUUAUGUCCCCCAGCAUCCUUGAUGAAUUGAGACAGUUGGAUACCCCUCUGGCACUUUUAUUAGAUAUCACUUGGAAGUUGGUACACUAAACCGCUGGGUACUGGGUCGCGUCCAGUCGUUUCUCUCCCUGUUGGCUCAAGAAUGGGAACCUUCUUGGGCUUGGAAAGGGCUCCCAUUCUGGCUGCAGAUUUUGGUUAGAAAUGAGAUCCCCGCCCCUCCAGCCGAUUUUCUUUCGGCGGUCUGGCUUCCGGCCCCCUGCCCGGGCUGCACUCCCGUGGCCCUUGUCUUUGUCGCGGUGAGGCCUGAGCCCCCUGUCCCCUCCGUGCGUGGGGCCCUUGCUUCCCCUUGCGUUGUUUCAAAGAAUAAGGUCAUCCGGGCUUUUCUUGUCUGACCUUUAACCUGAGCCAUGGGGGUUGGGCCUGUCAGUCGCGGGCACACGCGAAGGAUCGAUAAGGGCGCGCGCGACGACCGUUGGCAGGGGCUGCGUUGCGGUAUCGCCGGCUGCUCGGUGAGGACCCGGCUGUGGGUCUCCGCUCGGGGGCUGGCCGCUGGGUGGGGCCGGGCCGGAGCCUGCGACCGAAGGGGCUGCGGCUGGGAUGAGGGGCCCGGAGCCGGGGGAGGGGGGGUGGUUCCGGCUCCAUCGCCGGUUCCUCCCUCCCGGAGAACUGCGGGCCGCCCCUGACCCCACGGGGAAAAAAGCGCCGGGAGUGUGGGUUUCCCUGCUCUCCGACCCAUGGCGUGGAUCAAACUUAAGGAAAUUGUGGCACAUACCCCAUUUGGGGGUGGUUUACAACCUCAUCUGUAACAUUAUUUUCACAUUGCUGUGUGCAUUUCCAGUGUAUUGUAUAAUAAAGACAUGGUCGCUUUUAGGGGAGAUGUCUGAAAAACUGAGAAGAUGCAGAAAGGAGCUGACUGCAGCCAUUGACCGGGCCUUUGAAGGAGUCAGUCAUUCCCAGGAGUGCUCAGGCAUGCAGAGGCUGGAGCUGGACGCCGCGCCGCUUUCCUUCCCCUUCGCCACGCACAGGCUCCUCUGCAGGAGGCACCCGCUGGCAGCCUGCUCCUCUGCGGCUCCUUUCUCUCCUGUCCCGUGUGCUCCUGGGAAUGAGAGCCUUGCCUUUGCACCAAACCACGAACCCGUGAAUGCAAAGACACGCGCUCUAUGCCCCAAAAGAAAACCUCUGACCAGCAAGGAAAACAUAUCAAUGCAUUCCUCCAUUUUGGCACCUGAAAGGCAGUUUUGGAGAGCGGCAGGAGAUGGGGAGAACUGGAGAAAAGACAGUCUAAGGAAAGAUAUGGAGAAAGAUUUGAAGGUUGAGUCAAACAUGCCACUCAGCAGUUCUAGCCAAGAGGUCACAAAGGAUUUGCUUGACAUGAUCGACCAUACAGGCAUCCGAACUAUUGAAGAAUUGGCUGGAAAACUAGAAUUUGAAAACGAGUUGAACCGUGUGUGUGGUUGCUGUGAAGAUUGGCCCUUCAAGGAGGAAGCCUGGGCCCUGCUGGUGGAUGAGAGCCCUCAGGAGGCCUCGAAUGCAGACGCUGGCGGCCUCAAGCAGGCUUUCUAUGAUCACAAUAUCGUGGAGACUGUUCUGGACUUGGAAGAGGACUACAAUUUGAUGACCUCUUUUAAAUACCGAAUUGAUUCAUCUUGGAAAGCCAAACAAUACCUGAAUUGUUUCCGUGGAAACACCAAACUGCAAUUUGGAUUAGCAGAAUCAAAAUAGAAACAAGGCAGCUUCAAGAAUAAAUAGGAGCUUUGGAACCUGCUAGUCACCAACUGCAAGUUCAAGCUACAGCACAAGGCAUGUGAGAAGCUGGGCCCAUCCAGUUCUAUAAGGAGGGGUUUCCAGGUCCCCUGACUACAUGCUGCCGAGUCAAUGCCAACGUCACUAGAAACCAGCUCUGUCUGCAUACUGGUAGACUUGUAACAAUACUUAAGGUAGGAGCUGGUCUGUAGAAGCUAGGAGAGGCUGGGGGUCUGGAGGGAAAGGGCGGGGAAGAAGGGACAGGAAAAAGGAGAGAUGAGUGAAUGCCGAGUGAAGUUCCAGCAAGGAGCAGAGGCCACAGCUGAGGCCUGAGAGUACAGCAACAGUUCUUUCAAGAGGACAAUUCAAGGGACUUCCCCAGUGGUCCGGUGGUUGGGACUCCGAGCUUCUACUGCAGGGGGCGCGGGUUUGAUCCCUGGUCAGGGAACUAAGAUCCCACAUGCCACGCAGUGUGGCAAAAAAAAAAAAGAUAGUUCAAGGGUGGCCAAGGGCUGGAAACAGUGACCCUAUCCUCAGCCCCAUCUGGAUUGCAAUGUUCCCCACAUUCCUGGGCAUGGCUGUCUAGCAACACAGGUCUAGAAUGGAGUCUGAAUUCUUGCCAGGUAAGCUCUGGGGGCACUUGUGGUCAGUAAGCGCCUGCCUCUGUGUAGCUCCAGCCAGCACAAUCAGGCACUCAAGCCUACCUUCUCAUCUCUGAGUCUCAGGGUUCCCUCCCCCUCCCUCCUGCUCCCCUCACCAGGGGAAUAGGGGAGCCACCUCCUGGCCCACCUGCCCUGGCUCCUUGGCAUUCCCCUGGACCCUGCACUUCCAAUCCCAGGGAAGACUCCAAGGGGGUCAGGAGACAAGGAGGAGGGAGACAGAUAACCUGGGGGACAUUUGCCUCUCACCUUUGCACCCAGGAAUGUGCUGAUAGGGCAGCAACACCAUCCUGCCACUGGAGGAGUUGUGAGCUAUUAAUGAUCAAAGAAAUUGAUGAAAAGGAUUUGCAAAAGAGGCCAAUCUCCCUCCUCCCUCUAACUGAGGCACAAGACGUUUAACAUGGCAGUGAAGGCCAGAGAACUAGGCAAGCAAACCAGGGAGGCCACUGCACCUGAUUAUGGGUAGUUAUUGGAAAGGCUGUCAUCUAGAGACAAUCUGAGGCUCUGGUAAUUUGCUUUCUCCCUGGAGUAUGUGGGAGAACAUUAAUAUUUUAGGUUCCAGCUAAAUAUUUAUAGAGGGAACAAAGUUUUACUCAGGAAAUCUGCUUGACAGUGGAUUCCAGCCCUAGUGGGGAAGACUUUCCGUGCUAGGCCAGCUGGAAAAUGCCUGAUUUGAUGAAGAGUUUUGGCCUAAGGCCUGGCAUGGAAAACAAUUUCAGAACUACGUUCAGCUCUUGUAGGAAGCCACUGUCUUUUUUGAGGGCAAAAAGUCUGUUGUUUUCUGGGCACUUUGGGUGGGAGCUGGCCUGGGAGACAGGAAUGGGCAUCUUAUAGGAGAUCCAUCAUCAGGACCCCUUUGAAACGUCUGAGACAAAGAAGGGAAGUUGCAAAGGGAUACCAGAGAGACCCAACUUUCAGGACAGGCUGCCAGGAGCUGUUUGAAAGAUAAGUAAGAAACCCCUGUUCUCAGUAAGUAUUUAUCAAGUGUCUACUAGUGCCAGACACUCUCCUGGAUGCUGAGUAUACAGUAGGGACGAGGCAGAUGCUCUUGCUUCUGGAGUUUAUAUUCUACUGUUCAAGGUGGGCAAAACACAAAAAUACUGAUUUAAUAUAUCAUUUCAGAUGGAACUGUAUGAGAGAAAUUAAAACAGGGUAAGGGAAUGGGCAGUGAGUAGGGUGAGCCCCUUCAGAAGAGGAGAGGUCAGGAAAAGGCUUCUCUGUAGGUGACAUUUAAAUUGAUACUUAAAUGUCAAGACAGUUAGGUGCUGCAAGUGGCUUCACUUCCAUCCUCAGACUGUAGCUGGAGUUGUAUAGAGGGAGGAGCCCCUAGGUGGGCCCUAGGCCGGUAGACUUCCCACCACAUCCACCCCUGUGUGGCUACAUACAUCUCUAUCAGCAUCCAAAGAGCCAAAAAUGUUGCAUGCUCCAGGGACGUGCCUGGGCUGUGUUGUGCUCACCAAAUUUGGCAGGAACACAAUAGUUAAAAAAAAAAAAAAAAAAAAGCCUUAGGAAUAAAAUAAGAAACAGAAUAUCCUUUCCAAUGAUUGCCAGAGACAGGCAGCAUAAUUUUAAUUAACCCAGCCUUGUUAGGUGAUAAAUUUACUGCUCAUUCUACAAAAACACCCAGCUCAUGUAACACUGAGUCACUCUGAUCUUUGACUUUAAACAAAAUGAAAUACUUUUGAAGAAAUACAGGAUUUCAUAACUCAGAGCAGAAUCAAAGAACAGAGGGUCCUGCUUUGGCAUUUCAAAGUUGGACAAGACCCUUCAAUGAGAAGGCCACAGUCAUAAAUACUGGUGGAGUUCUCUCAACAGGGUCUCAACUGUGAAGUAAAAUGACUAAACCUUUCAACUUAGAGUAAUAAAACAUUUCCAAAUACAGACCCCUCUGAUCUACAAGCCUCAUGCUAACUGCUCCACAGCCACCUGUAGUCAGUUUGGGAAGGGCUGGGCUGCUUCCUCCCGUGCUGUCCUUGCACAGGCGGAGAAAACCAGCAGGGAAGGCAGUGGAGGCUGGCAGAGGGCAGGGUGAACAGAUAUCCAGUGAGACCCACAGGGAGAGUAGAGGCCAGGGCACCCUAAGGCAGAGCCCAAGUCUAUACUUCCUAGGCCUUGAAGAGAGAGGGCUGCUGCCAUUGCCUGUGGCUGUAGACUGCAGGACGCCCUUGGUCUGGAAAUGAGAGUGAAAGCACCUUAGGCUGGUUCCUGGUAGCCCUGCCGAAGGUGUCACAGGCAAAUUAAGCUCUUCCAGAUUUUUGUGAGAUACAUAACCCUGAAAAUAAAGAAUAUAAAAAUGAGACAUCAGGAACCAUUACUUUCUAUAACGGCCCACUCAGAAGCCCCAUUUUCAGGAAUUCCCUGGCGGUCCAGUGGGUAGGACUCAGCACUUUCACUGCCGUGGCCCAGUUUCAAUCCCUGGCCAGGGAACUAAGAUCCCCUGCAAGCUGCGUGGCAUGGCCAAAAAAAAAAAAGCCCCAUUUUCAACCCUGUACUGGCUUGAUAAUAGGCAAAUUCUGGAAGCUGUCCAUCCAUGAGGAUUUUUACUUUCAUAAAAAAAAAAUCAGUUUGAGUAGGGUGUGGUUUAUUCAAAAUCAUCUUAUGAGAAGCGUAAGGAAUAAAAAGAUGGUACGCACCUUAAAAGUUUUAUCUUUAUUUUUUGAUUUUUUUGUAUUACAAAAGAAAUACAUAUAUAUUGCAAAAAUUCAAAAACUUCAACAAGAUAUAAUUGGAAAGCCAAAGUCUCAUAUAAGCGCACUGCUCUCCAGAAAUGAUACAGGGCCCACAGCCGCUCUCAUUAGCUUUAAAAGAGUGGUUGAAAACAGGACAGGGGAAAACAGCUAGAAAGAAAAAUGGAACUGUGUGCCUGUGAAGAGUGUGGUUCCCAGCAUUUGUUUGGCGCAUGUCACCUCUCUUUCCUUGGUGGCUUUAUAUUUCUCUGUUCACAGGAAGUCUGACUUAGUGUGUGCCCUAUAAUACGUCCACUGACCAAAAAAUGCAGAUGCUCUUGCAGCAGAACUGGAUACAAAUAAUUUUUAAACAAAAAUCCUGAGGCCCAGAAAGAUAUUGGUCAUGUGAAGGAAAUGUUUGAAGACCAAAAAUGUUGUGUUUGGGAGACAUGCUGCCACACCAGCAGUUUUGUGAGAGCCCUUCUGCUACUGGAUAUUCCAUAUGGAAGGCAGCCCUCCUUCUACCAAACACAACACCCUCCUCUUUAUGCCCCACACCCAGGCUGCUGCCCCAGCUCUCAUCACCACCUCUGCACACAUUUCAUUCCCAUAAAUAAGGGUGUAUUUAUCCCUGUGCUCUGUCAUGGGCAGCACCUGGUACCCAGAAUGCUGGAUCUGCUCCCCAGCCCUGCACUGACCACCACCCACUCCAAAGCAUAGCCUCUGACCCUGAGGGUUCCAGGCAGGCCUUUGGGAACUUUCUGCUGUUAGCCAGCCCAAAGUGUUCUGUGAGUUGUCUUUCCAGCUGAGACCAAUAAGCCAUCAGCUGAAGUCACUAUGGGCUGGUCAGAAGCCAUCAUCACUGCUAUCAAAACCCAGGUCAUAGAGCAUAUUCUUCCCUGGCUCCUUGCACUGAGGGGGCUCUUUUCCGACGUUGAGGUCACUGAACCAGCUCAUCUGUUGGUCCCCCUGGGAACUGUGAGAAAGCAGGCUGUUGUCUUGGGAAGCAUGCCCACUGUACUGCAAGAGAUUCCCUUGCACUGCCCUUGCUGUCUUACUAGGCAUGACUGUUCCUCUCAGAGCAGAGCAGACUGGUUUUGUGGGGCUCCUGGGACCCUGAAGAUGCAGGGGCUGAGCAAGGGGUUCCUGCCGCCCCAGCGGGGGCCUUUGUGGGAUGGAAACUGGAGGGUGAGGAUAUUUAGAAUUGGAAGCACAGGUUUUGCUUGGCGUUUGUUCUUGCUUCCUGGCUAGAAGCCUCCUUCUGGGGGCUUUCCUGGGAUGCUGCUUCUUGUCUUUCCCCCCUCUUUCUACAGUUCUGCCUUUCUGUUUAGUCACCAACCUUUGUUCACAAGGGUUACACGAAAACAUGCCUUUGGCUUGACAUUUUUGGCAGUUGUUCUUAAUGCUGGUUGCAAAGUUGUUUAAAUCCAGGGAUAUAAGCCGCGAAGCUCCUUGGGAAACCAGGUCCCUGUCUUCAGGAAUCUUGUGGCCCAGGACGCCAGAGCCAUGGUUCUCAGAGCCUGUUUUAUUAAUAGCACAAUUCUGGCAGUUAGUCUGCACUGCCUUGUCCUUGAUUUGCCUGUUUCUUUUGCCAGUUCCAACUGCCAGCGGCACAGCCUCUUCUUGGAGAGCACUACUCUUUGCUCCCUCACCCCAGACGCCAGACUCCCCAGGCCUCAAGGAGCCCACACUAAGAUUGCAUGCAGUAGGGAGGGCCUGGGCCUGCCACAUAACUGGCUCCUCAGAGGCAUAUUUCUCCUGCAUGGUGAAACUGAGGCUCUGGGCCAGAGGUGGUGAAGUCUGAGAAGCACUGUCCUUCACAUGUCUGGGUAUCCGAGGGACAGAGAUCAAUUGAUUUAGCUCUGCUAGGACACUGGGCAUAUUCAGCUGGCCUAGCUGCUCACACAGCUGCUGCAAGUCCUUACUCUGCUGAGCAACUAAAACUUCAAGGUGCUUCAGGUUGGACUUCAUUUCUAUAAACUCUGCUUGUCUCUAAAGAAAGGCAGUGAGAAAGAAGGGAGUUACGGACAGUGCAACUCAGAAUGCACAAUAUAACGUGUGAACAAAACAAAGGAUGGGCCAGCAGAUCAAAACCUUGUCCCUUGCUGGGUACUAUACAGGGGAUACAUGGCUACGCUCUGGAGCAGGGUCCCUAGGGUCCACAUCAUGCCAGAGAACCUUGGGAAAGGAAGCUGGCCUCUACCCUGGCCUGUUACCAAGGGGCCUGUGGUGGCCUCUGUUCUUGGCUGAAAUUUGCAAUUUUAAAGGUGUCUCUCUAGGUCUUAGUAACAAAGCCAGAAACACACUUGAGGAAAGGGGUCAGGGUCUACACUUACACCUUCAAAUCUCUUUUGCAACUCAAGGAUGGCCUGUUCCAUGUUGCAUUUGUCCCGCACUGUUUCCAACACCAGAUCACUCUGGGCCUUCGUGGUCUCUUGCACUAAAUACAAAACAAUGACAAUUUACCACAUGAAGACUAUGGUAUGCCCCACCCUGCCCAGGCCACAGUCGUGGAGAGGGAGAAUCUGGAACCCGGCACGGGCUACCAGAGCCUGCUCUGCCAACACCCAGAACUCUAACCAUCCAGAUCAGCCCUGGUGAGGAGAGAAAGCAAGAACAGGGUGGUUCCUCCACUGUCUCUUCUUCCCUCCCUCCCUGAGAACAUCCUGGCCAAAGCAGACUCAACCUUAGCACCUACUGGGGACUCUGAAACCUGCUGCCCAGAUCAUGGCACCAACGUCCACUUUGGCCAGCCUUCUUGGCCCUGUCAUCAGAGUGAUCUUUCUAGAAUGUAGAUAUGAUCAUGCCUCCUCUGAAACGGUCACUGGAACUUUCAAUGGUACCCCACAGGCCACUGGAUGAAGUCCAAAUCUUUCAAUAAAUUGGCUAACAAGACCCAGGCUCACUUCCCUUUAACUUACUAUCCUCUGCAUCUCUGAGCUCUGCCUAAGCAAUCUCUCUUCCACCAUUGGCUUUUGUACAUGCUGUUCCCUUGGUUCACAGUACUCCUGCUUCCAUCCCUCAGGAAUGGGAGAAAAAAAAAAAAAAAAGGAUCCUCAGAAUGAUGGUGAAGUCCUAAGAAGAGGACAUAAAGCAUAGCCUGCCCAAUCUGGAGCUGGAGGCUGAGCUCCAGGCAGGACAUCUCUAAUGAAAAAGUGAAACAGAAAGACUCCCCAAUGUGUUUGAACAUAUUAAUUGGAGAUUUACAGUUUUAUCUGAAAGUUUAUUAUCAGACACUGUGCUAGGUGUAUGGAAACAAUCUUGAACAAAACUACUUACAUGAACUUUGCAGUCUUGAAGAAGAAAAAAAUAACAAGUAAACAAACAUGCACAUUAAUAAAUGAAAAUGGUGAUAAGUGCUCUGAUAGGAAAUAUAAUAAAAAUAAGAGGGUGGGGGCACCUACUUUAGAUAAGGUCAUCAGAGAUAGAGUCAUGUAAGGUGAAACCAGAAAGAUAAGGAGCAGCUAGCCCUGCAAAGAUUAGGGAAAGGUUAUUCAGCUAGAGGAAACAGCAAGUGCAAAAUUUCUGAGGCAAGAAAGAGCCUGUGAUGACUAGGAAUAGACAGGCCAGUGUGGUCUUGGGGGAAAAAUAGUAAAAACUGGUAAAUUUUA